AUGCCGGGGGUUCCCUCUAAUAAGGCAUGCGAGCGGUGUAAGAAAAGGCAUUUGAAGUGUGACGAGACGCGACCUCACUGCCAGCGGUGUACCACCGCUGGGGUGGACUGCCCGGGUUAUGUCCAGACCCGUAAAUUUAUCGACCAAGGCGCCACAGUGAGGCGCCGGUAUGCUCCAUAUCAGGAGAAACAUGCAAAACCAAGCGCCCCAAUCAAUGCUGAUCAAGGGAGUGAACAUGCGCCUAGCCAAGCGCAGCAUGAAGGCCAAGUGGGGAUGACUCAGGAGCGGCCUGGUCAAGACUUAAUUGAUAUCAGGAAAGGCGCCUCUACAUUUAGCUUCCAAUUGGAAGAAAUAAGGCCAGCAUCUAGAACCGACAUGCAAAUGGCACAGCCUCCGGGUCUCCCAAGCCAAUCGGGUAUCACAGCCCCCGCAGCUCAGUUACGCAGCCCCAAUGCAACAGGGGCUCAUUAUGGGUCGGACCUCACUCGUUUCUCUGGCUUUGGAGACAGUGGGAGGUCGCCAAGAAGCCCCAUGCAAAGCUCGGAAGUAUCACCACACGCCACCUUGGGACUACCUUCAACUCUUGAAAAUAUACACAACAACCUGCCAACCGACCUUCCGCAUUACCAAAGACUGCUCUCCUCGGAAAGCUUGUCGCAAAGAAGCGAGAAAGAAGAAUUCCAGGAGAUUUUCUCAGAUCUCGUGACUGGCACUGAGCAUGAGAUUGCAUUCCUUACCCGCCAUUUUGCAGAAAUCCUGGGCCCAUGGUUGGACUUAUCCGAUGCUGGGAAGUUCUUCUCGGUUUAUGUUCCGAUCAGAGCUCUCAAUUGUUCAUCUCUCAAGUAUUCCAUCGCAGCUCUGGCGGCGAAACAACUUGGUCGGGUGAAAGGUUCCAAAUCAAGCAUUGGGGGAGGGAUCUACACCAGUCCUUCUUCGACUGAGUUGUAUCCAAAUUCUGGACAAGUCGACUGGUUCUUGAAGGCUGCUAACUACUACUAUCUGGCUGUGUCGGAUCUGACUACAUCCACGUCAGACGGCUAUUCCAUCCUAUCCACAUCAUCCGUUCUCAACUCACCCAUUGAAAUGGUCGCUCGGUGGCUGAACACACAGGCGACACAAGGGACCAGCCAGAACUUUGAUGACGGCCCUUUCAUCCGAAAGACCGAAGAGAUUCUGGCAACGAUCACACUUCUGUCAUUAUUCAAAUUAUUGGACGCAAAAGGGGAGGAGUGGCACGCGUACCUCACGGGCAUCCGUUCCGUUUUCGAUGCUCUCCUUCAGAUGAAGCAAAUGCAGUCGAUAUCGUUUCCCCAUGGAAUCCGCGCUUCUUUCUGGAAUUUCGUUCGCCAAGACUAUCUCGGUGCAUACUAUAUUCGUUCAGCCACGCAUCUUGAUACCACAAAUUUGCCUCUAUGGCGGGCCGCCGGAAUAUCAAUCGACGACCAAGGGAAGUUCCAGAUCAUCGAAGACUGGUCUAUAAACCUAUCUCGGGAAGAUAAAACAUUCAAUGGUCUUUCUUGGCUUGUCUCCAAGGUCGUGAAUUUCCUCGCCAAAUCCAAACAGUCGCAGAUUGCCCAGUGGACAGGAUCACCACCAGAUAAUCUAUCUGGAGCCCAAGACGUGCCAGUUAGUCCCAUUCAACAGGCCUAUCCUGGCACAAACACCUGGUUAGACCUAUGCUUUGAGUUUCAAACUUGGUUCGAGGGCGUCCCCGAGACAGUUCGCCCAUGUGUCCGCAUCGAACACCCCAGAGAUGUGUCGAGGCCACCCAAUGGUAGCCAGUUUCCUUUUCCCGAAGUCUUCCACAGCUUAGCGACAUGUGCAGCUGCCAUGCAACAUUACCAUUUUGGCAGAAUUGCGUUGUUGUUGAAUCGUCCACAGGACGUCAUAAGUGGGCCAAGCACAGCAUUUGACCGUUUGCAAAGCUACCGAGAAGUGACGAAGGAGGUCGAGUACCGCUGUCGGGAAGUAUGCGGCAUUGCCGUAGGACGGCCCCAGGGCGAAGUCCGAGUAUACAUGAUCCCACUUUUAUUUGCGGUGGGGCAGUGUUUGGAGAGUGCGGAUGAGCAUCAAAUUAUUGUGGAUCUUUUGCGGGGCGUGGAAGCGGACCUGGGCUGGGCCACCGAAUACGCGGUUGAGAAACUCCAAUCUUCAUGGAAUCGAUGA